AUGGCCAAGAAACCCAAAUCUCGCACAAUCGCCGUGCGCCUCAUCUCCAUGGCCAUGACCGGCUACUACAAAACCUUCACCCGCCCCCGAACACACCGCCCACUGAGCAUGCUGAAAUACGACCCUGUUGUCAAGAAAAAGGUGUUGUUCCUUGAGCAAAAGCGCGGAAAGUGA